UCCGCAUUUUUUUCUUUAUUCAGGGUUUAACUGACUGCCAGGUGAACAAAGAAUGUCUUCAUACUGCUGCCAUGCCAAAUACAGAUGUAACUCGCGUGGAGCUUAAAGCAAUUCUGUGCUGUUCAGCCAGUCAAGACUGUGAACCUUGUCUGAGAAUAAUCAUCACAAUCAAAGAUGUCAUUGCAGAAACGGAUGAUGAUGAGCUCACAAAUCCAGUGGCAGAGGGAAGUGCUCAGUUUGUGCCUCCUAAGUCAAAAGUGAACGUGCGUCUUAGCUCCCCGGGCUCCAUAGAUUGUAACAAGAUCAUCCAGUUUAAACCAAGCUACCAUCCUGAUUCCACGCAUGAGCUGCUGUUGACAGAAAAAGUGACGUUUGGCAGUGUUUAUUUAGUCAACGUCUACACACAUGAUCAAAAUAUCACAAUCCCAUCCUUAGAAGAAGAGUGCUCCAUGGAGCUUGAAGGGAGUAUAAAGGAAUGUGAUGUUCCCAGACUUCAAGCAGAGACUAAUAAGCAGAAAAAUAUGGUCCUGCAACUGAAAGACACCAACCGAACAGAUGAGCUGAUGGUCUCGAUACUUUGGAAUGAAAUGCGUAGAGAGGUCCUUGAAUGGCCCAAAGGCAAGGAAAAAAUGGUCAUUUCGUCAAACUUUGUUGCACCAUGCUUGUGCUUUCAGGUGUGGUGGGUUGGAAAGCCACUUCGAAGAGAAUUCUGCCCUUUCAAAAACCAACAAGAUGUACUGGAAGGAAUGCUGCACAAUGUGUCUGUGUCUAUGGUAGAGUACCCGAUGAUAGAGGGUGGCACAGGGCUGAGUUGGAAUGUGACUGCCCCCUGCAGGCUGGAGGCAGUCGUGUGGCUGUGCAAGAAAGACCCGGUAGGAGGACAGUGUGAGGAGGUGACGGGCUCCAGACAGAGCCUGCACAGCAAUAUGGAUGCAGGCUGGAUUGCAACACAUAACGGAAACUGGAAAAUCGGAGAGUUCAACGUGCCAUCACACCCUCUGCUUUGUGUUCAGAUGAAGAUAAAUGGGUCGGAAUCAUCCUUGGAACCCCAGUGUCCAUUUAAAACUUCUCGAUUGAGAUGGGGUCUGCCGCUCCUCAUCGGAUUACUACUGAUGUGUUUGGCCGUUCUCGGAGCAUAUUUUGUUAAAGGGUUCAUAAAAGUCAAUGUGUUGAGACGGCUGAAAAAAGAUGAUGUUAAAGGUGCUGUGGGUGGCUGUCAUGUGGUGUUGCUGUACCCGCCUGAUGACGACCAGGCUUUGCCAGGGCUCAUGUGCCACCUGGGCUCAUCCCUGCAGGCUCUGGGCUUCAGUGUGUCUCUGGACCUGUGGAACCAGGCUGAGCUCAGCGCACUGGGCCCUGUGCCUUGGCUCCACUCAAGACUGGAAAAACUGAAAAGGCAGGGCGGCAAAGUGGUGCUAGUCCUAACCCAAACUGCGUGGAUAAGGGCUGAAGAAUGGGGAGCUGGCAGCUGGGAAAGAAACACACCCAGGGAGAAGAACAUGGAGGAAAAGGAGGCAGGAAGAAGCAACACUGCAUCUUCUCCUUGUGCAGAUGUUUUUGGUGCUUCGUUGAGCUGCAUUCUGGCAGACUAUUUACAGGGCCGUGCUGGUGAGAGGUUUAUGUUAGUGCAGUUUGAAUCACUUCCACCUGAGCCUCCAGGUGGCUGCCGGCCGCUGCCAGAACUUUUCCGCGGCCUUCAUGUUUACAGCCUCCCUUCCCAGAGUCUGGGUUUUCUGACUGAACUUGCUGGGGCUCGACAAAUGGCUACUGCAUCAGCUAGACGGAAGAGGGCAGGGGGGCUCAGAAUGGCAUCCCGAGCUCUGGCACGCGGGCUGUCAGGGUUCACAGCAGGGACAACUGUGUUUUGCCUUGCAGGGAUGCCCCAGACUUGUGUCAGGGUAGGAGUGGAAGACUCUGGGGAGACAAUACCCUUGCAACCAUGUCAUAUUUCGCCACCCUCCAGCCCUGAUACAAGCCUCAAGGUCAGUGAAAUGGAAUGGGUCUGACAGCAGGGGAGGAUGACAGAUGAGAUAUCUAUGAAGCAAACAGCUCCACUGUGUUGGUCCUGACACUACAUUGUUAAUAGAAGCUGUUUUCAGUUUUAAACUAAGUUACUGUGUGUGUGUGUGUGUGUUUGACAUAUUCACUAUUAUUUGCACUGAUAAACAUGACAAAAAACAAAGUAAAAAUAAGCUCUUUUCUGAUAAGUGCUAUUUAUCUGACUCGUUAUUUGCUCAUCUGACUGUAAAAUGUGUUUCUUACUGUAUGCAUUAGAAGAUGCAUGUUUGCAGAGCAAUAUUUUUUUAACCAAUGAAUAUUACACUGACUGUAUAUGACUCAUUAAAAUGUAUUUUGAAUGCAUCUAAACUGUACUUGCAGUCAAACAAGAGCUGCAACAUAAUUUGUUAUUUAAAACUUAAUCCUACAGAGUGUGGAGACUUCAGAGGUAUACUUUUUGUCACAUCUCACAAAUGCUUUAUAUCAUUGUUUUCUGUUUUAAUUAAAGUGCUUUUAAAAAAUAAUCAUGGACAGGUUCACAGUUAUUCAAGUCUGUCUUGAAACAACAGGCAGGUGUCCAUAUGAACAGUGUAAGAGCUGUAAUCAUUCCUUCUGUUCAAACUGGCUAUUAAAAGUUCUCCUUCCAAUGUGCUUUCAAGUAAGUGAUGGGGCCAAACCCAAUUGUAUGUCCACACAGUCAUUUAAAAGUUGAUGUGAAGCUUAUAUGAGGCUUCAGCAG